AGAUUUCCAUUGAAGUCGCGACCGCCGCCGAGCGAUUUCCAUAGCUUCCCAGUUUGAAGAAUCCAUCAAUCAUGGGCUCGAUCGUCGCCGGAGGAGAAGACACCGAUUGGAGCGGCGUCGCGACGAGCUGGACCGUCUCAGCCGGCCGUCUCGCCGACUCGGUGACCGUCGAGUCGCCUCUUUCUCCGAUCGAUGACGGCGCGGUCGGCUCAGCUCCGAGAGCUCCUCUCCUCCUGCGACCUCCCUCGCCCGAUCGCAGCCCCUGCGAGAUCACUGUUAGUUUCGCUCAGCCACACGAUGUGCGCCAAGUUUAUGUCCGAAGCACUGCUCGAGUUUACGAGAUAUACUACGCCCCCAAGCAGCGGGCGGGCAAUGAGUAUCUCUGUACGGUUCGAUGCGGCAUUGUCGUUAGGGACGAAGUUUCUGGCGGGGAUGUUCCUCAAGCAGCUAAUCUCGCUUCUUGUGGGGACUCUAUGGAUGAGUUUGCCGAAGAAAGAUCCAAAAAUGAGAUUAAUUUGAAUGCUGGUGAAGACGAUUGGGUUGAAGUGAAGGCGCCCGGUACUUCAUUUGAAACUAAUACAAAUGUCGCUACAUCUUUGAAGUCCUCUAUCAAAAUGGAUUUUUAUGAGGCAACAGCUGAGAUUACCGAUGCAGACCCCUGCACAUCUCUCACGAUUCGUCUGCUCUCAGUUCAAAGUGGAGAUUGUGUAUAUAUAGACGAAAUCUAUGUGUUUGCUGAACCUGUUGAAUCUAACUUUGAAGAUGAGGACAGGCAAUUGGGAACUACAGCUGGAACUUCGCUUAUGGCUAUGCUUGUGCCUAGCCUCCUGCAGUUAUCUAAAACGAGAAUGGCUGGCCAAGUACAGGAUAAGGAUGCUCUUGAUGUGAGGGAUAUCCAGAAGUGCCCACCUGCUGGUUCAGAGACAACAGAACCCAAUCUGAGUUUGAAAGUAAGUGUAACGGCCGAUGUUGCAAAUAGAGAUGGACAUGCUACUGGCAUUUUUGAUACUCAGCAUAUGGAUAGGGUUAUUUCUGAACCAGCUCAGGAAACUGUACGAGAAACAGAUACUAAUAGGCAGCAGGAUGAUUCUUUCAGUCGUUUUGAAAAUGUCCUAGAACAGCUUGUUUCUCGAGUUAGCAGAAUAGAAAGUCUCUUCUUGAGAUUUGAAGAAAAUAUGAUUAAGCCAAUUAGCAGCAUCGAAGCGAGGCUGCAACGGGUAGAGGAGCAACUUGAAGUGAUUAACCACAAAGUGGUGAGUUCAGGACUGCAAACUUGCAAGAGAUUUUCGGCCCCAGAAUGUUCCUUUAGUGAGUCAAAUAUCCCUUCCUUGUAUGAAAGUAAUCGUGGAGAAUCUCAUUCUGACAGGGAUUCUUCAGAUAUGUUAUCUGUUCCACCUGAUGAAACCUGUGACACUGUGAGUACCUCCCAAUUGCUUCCAAGUCUUACCAUUUCGGCUCCAGACUUUCCACAGGGAGAGGAUGACGAGGAAAGCCAUUUGUUACAGCAAGUUGCUGACUCUCCAAAGGAAAAACCUAGACCUGCAUUGUCAAUAGAUGAUGCCUUAGCAUCUGCCCUUGCUGGGUUUGCGUCUUCUAUCACGAUUUGCCCUCCAAAUUAUAGACAGUCACUGGCUGUCAAGGCUCCCGAGUUCUCAAAUGAAGAUGAGGAAAAUUUUGAUGAGAGAACUUCACCUGAAAUACCAUAUGAUGGAGCACAAAAUUCUGUCUGCUUGACUGAUGGGAUGGAGUGUGCGAUGGAUUCAAUUUCUUCUGAGUUACCUUCCGGUGAUGAUGAGAGCAAUACUGAUAGAACUAUUACUAGAAAUGAUGGUUGCUCUGAGAAAAUUGGUGAGGAAAGCGAUUAUCAGCUGCCUUGUGAUAAAGAAAAAGGUUAUGUACAUGUUACAGGUGAUGAACAUGAGAGAGAGGAGAUAAAUGAACCCGAAGAAGCCAGCAGCAAAGGGAGAUGUGUCCUAGCUGGUAAAGAUACUCAGGUUAAAGAUGAGAUGCCUCAGGUACAGAUUGAUGGUAGUCCUCAUCAUGUGAAGGAAGUGGAUUCUGUUGAUUGCACCAGGGCUUUUGAAGUUGCAAAUGGAAAGUCUGAGGGGGGCAUUCUGCAUGACAUUCUCACAUCUUCACAGGCUGCUUGUGCGUUGGACUUCAAGGCCCCAAUUUUGGAUGUGAAAUUCAUACCUCAAGAUAAAUCUGAUUCACAGUAUCUCCUUAAAGCUCUAUGGGAUGAAAUGCCAGAAUCAAAUGUUAGCCUUCCCUGUGAUGACAAGAGCUGUGAUUCAUAUGGCGAGCAAGAUGACUUGAUUGUAGUGGACAAUGCAGAGUCGCUGGGCGAGGCAACAAGCUGUUGUUUCACGGUUGAUUUUGACUAUUGCCAUUUGCUAGAGACGCCUGUCAACAAGGAUGCUGAGAAACCGCAGGAUAAUUUGGCAAGCAGCCAUGAUGUGCUAGCGGGUGACAGCCUUAUUUGAGAAUAACGGUGCUUUUAUCAGGUUAAUGUUGAUAUAUUUAUGUACAUACAUGCCUUCCAGGAUACGUAUCUCGCUGUACCUAACUUACCCAUCUUCUCAUUAGGUUUUUCUUGGUAAACUGUAACUUUCAAUUGCUAAUUCUCUAGAUAUGUUUUUACAGUA